GCAAGGAGCCAGCCCCAGAGAGGCUGCCAUGGGACCCCCAAGGAAGCUAUGGCUGGGGGUGCUGGUCUGCUGGGGGACACUCCGGCUCCUGGAGGCCAACGAAGACGCCCGGCUCUUCGACACUCUGUUUGCCAACUACGACAAGAGCCGCCGGCCUGUGCGCCAAGCGGAAGAGGUGGUGGAAGUCUCCAUCAAGCUGACCCUCACCAACCUCAUCUCACUGAACGAGAAGGAAGAGACGCUCACCACCAACGUCUGGAUCACACAAGAGUGGCACGAUUACCGCCUGGACUAUGCCAGUGAAGAUUUCGGUGGGGUUUCUGCCCUCCAGGUCCCUGCAGACCAGGUCUGGCUGCCGGACAUUGUCCUGGAGAACAACAUCGAUGGCCAGUUUGAAGUGGCUUAUUUCUCCAACGUCCUGAUCUACCCGGGGGGGUACAUGUACUGGCUGCCGCCGGCCAUCUUCCGAAGCACCUGCUCCAUCGCGGUGACCUUCUUCCCGUUUGACUGGCAGAACUGUUCCCUCGUCUUUCGGUCCCAAACGUACAAUGCCGACGAGGUGCAGCUGACCUUCGGCCUGGACGACGACGGAAACCCCCUGCAGGCGGUCCACAUUGACCCUGAAGCCUUCACGGAGAAUGGCGAGUGGGCCAUCCAGCACCGCCCGGCCCGCAAAGUGCUGGCCGCUGGGAUCGAGGCCCCCGGCUACUCAGAGAUGCACUUCUUCCUCAUCAUCCAGCGCAAGCCGCUCUUCUACAUCAUCAACAUCAUCAUCCCCUGCGUGCUCAUCUCCUCCCUGGUGGUGCUCGUCUACUUCCUGCCCGCCGAGGCUGGGGGGCAGAAGUGCACCGUCAGCAUCUCUGUGCUGCUGGCCCAGACGGUCUUCCUGUUCCUGAUCGCCCAGAAGGUUCCAGAAACGUCGCUCAGCGUCCCCCUCAUUGGCAAGUACUUGAUUUUUGUGAUGGUCGUGGCCACCAUCAUCGUCACGAACUGCGUGAUCGUCCUGAACGUCUCGCUGCGUUCCCCCAGCACCCACGUCAUGUCGGAGCGGCUCAAACAUGUAUUCUUGGAGGUUCUUCCGCGGUACUUGGGCUCCACCUUGGAACCGGCAGGCGAAGACCCCUGGGAUGCCCCCCAGGCCCGCCGACGCAGCUCCUUCGGGAUCAUGCUGAAGGCAGAGGAGUACAUCCUGAAGAAGCCCCGGAGCGAGCUCCUCUUCGAGCGCCAGGGGCAGCGGCACGGGCUGCAGCGGGGACCCGGCUGCCGGAUGACCCACGGGCUCGAUGUGCAAAUGACCAGCACUCUGUACAAGAACUUGGCCAACCUGGCGCCAGAAAUCAAAGAGUGCGUGGACGCCUGCAACUUCAUCACGGACAGCACCAAGGACCAAAAUGCAGAGAGUGGGGAGAUGGAGAACUGGGUGCUCAUCGGGCAAGUGAUAGACAAGGUCUGCUUCUGGGCGGCCAUCUUGCUGUUCACCAUCGGGACUCUGGCCAUCUUCCUCACGGGGUAUCUCAACAUUGUGCCGGACGACCCCUUCCCCGAGUAGGCGGACAGGUGGACAGCAGCUUCUCCAGCGAGCGGCGGUGGUGGCGGUGGGGGGGGCUUCUCCUUGGCUCGCCCCCCACCUUAGCAGCAGGCUCCGUAACUCCUGAGUGUCCUAGACUGUCCCAGCACACGA